AUGCCACGACUCCCACCAUGCCUUCUCAGGCAGGCCAGACGACACUCUCCCAACCUGGCCACCCUCCUCCCAGCAUGCCGUGACAUCCAAUCCGCCAAAAAUGAACUCCGGUGGCUUACAGAGUAUGUGAAGCAGACAACGCCAGGGAAAGACCACCAGGCUCGCCAAUUGAAAUCGCUUUGCCAGAAGCGAGGCUGCGGAGUUCCUUUACAGUAUAUUCUUGGAUCGCAACCAUUUGGACCUUUGGAUAUUCAAUGCAGUCCUGGUGUGCUUAUCCCUCGCCCAGAGACAGAAGCAUAUACCCAUCACCUCGUAGAUUUGAUCAAGUCUGGAGAGCUGUUGGAUCGCAAACCAAGUGACGCCCAUGGCAAACUGAACAUUGUCGACUUUUGCACAGGAACAGGUUGCAUCCCGUUGCUGUUGUACACAUUACUUCAGCCACGCUUUCCGCAUCUACAUGUUCGAGGAGUUGACAUUGCAUCAGAGGCUGUCACUCUCGCAAGGUCUAAUAUCGACCACAAUAUCGGUUUGGGCAACAUUGCGCCGUCUAAGCCGGGGCAAAGGCUCGACAUCGUAUAUGGCGACGUCUUUAACGACAAAGACAUUGCGUCACUUGCUAAAACUCCUUGUGACAUAUUAAUAUCCAACCCACCUUAUAUCUCGCAGGGGUCUUGGAAUUACGGCCAUGGGCAACUGGGUUACUCGGUUCGCAAGUAUGAGCCACGCUUAGCCCUUGUUCCGAGCAGUGAUUUGCCGAUACCUGCAGGUUGGCAGCAUGAAGAUGUAUUUUAUUCAAGGCUGCUGGAUGUUGCCAUGCGACUAAGACCAAGCGUCGCGCUGUUCGAGUUAGGAGAUGAAUUUCAGGCCCGGCGUGUUUUGGAGCGUUUGUUUCAACACGAAAUAGCAGAACUUGCAACGGUUGAGGUCUGGCGGGACUGGCCUGACCUCACUAAUACCGAUGAAGAGGCCGUAGAGCUUGAUAUACAAGUGGAUGGCAUCUCUCGAAAGGUGCCAGUAAAAGGUUCAGGCCAAGUUCGGUCGAUUUUGUUGCGGAUGUGA